UGAGAAUGACAGAUGUAACAACAACAAAGCAAAAGCUGUAAAAUAAAAAUAAAUACCGCACCGAACCAAACCAAAAUCAACGCAAUCAACCGGAACGAAUAUUAGAUAAAUAGAGGCGCCUGGCGGGUAGAAUCUGGUACUUACACCCUAUGUUCUAUCGCCGACUUUAAACUGUCGAAGGUUUUGAAACAAACAACUACCUCAGAUUCUGAGCCAAAUCUUGCACAAUUCGACGUAACAGCGGAAAGCGAUGUUCAAAGUUUCCCAUAGCAAUGCAGUUUACAAAGUUUUGCAGGCACAAGUGAGGUAUACACAUCGAACGCACUACAAUGUGUUAAAGCUACAACCGAACUGCUCAGCGAGGGACGUUCGAACAGCUUUCAUUCAGCUUUCGAAAGAACUACAUCCUGAUGCGAAUGUAAGCAACCAGGCAAAAUAUGACAAAAAAUCGUUUGUGGAGCUUCUGGAAGCGUACAAAGUUCUCAGCAAACCGGAAAGCAGAGCAGCUUAUGAUUAUGAACUAUCGCUUAGCAAGAAUCCUGGCAAUCAGGUGUUCCAUAGACCAUGGGCGGCGAAUACGAUGCAUUAUAGCAAUGAGGAACAGCCCUACUACGGAAUAAAGGGGGUGAAAAAGGUCAGCAAUUGGACGAUUGUGUUAUGCUGCGGAAUUUUCAUGCUAGUCGGCAUCGUGCUGCAGGCUGUUGCAAUCAACAAAUCGUUCACUUUUCAACGAGAUCAGCUCGAUGAAUACUCAAGACAGAAUGCGAUCACUCAUGCUGAAGUUCGCGAGGAGGCGGAAAAAUAUGGAAACAAAGCACAGAUAGAGCGCAUGAAAGCAAAGCUGAACAAGGAAGGAAUGUGGUAAAAGAGUGUAAAUAGAGUUUUGUUACAAUGAUUUACAAAAUGUAAAAAUAUAUUUGUAAAUAAUAAAGUAUAGCAGUGGUGUAUUAGAUAGAUAUGAAAA